CUAAAACCAGAUUCGAUUUCGUACUAAUUCGUACGCACUAACCAAAUUAACAUUGUCAAUUUGUCAAGAUCUGGACAGUGAAUAACAUCUAGGAAAGUUUGGAGAGUGAUUUACCAUCUUUUCAUCACUCGUACAAGAGUCAUAACACCAUGGCAGACUCGGAGAAGGAACAACAACAAAACCAACCAACAAAAACAGAGGAAGAACAGCCACCAAAAGAAGUAAUCGCAAUUAAGGUGUGCGGAACCGUGAAAUGGUUCAAUGUCAAGAGCGGCUACGGUUUCAUCAAUCGUAAUGACACCAAGGAGGAUGUAUUUGUACAUCAGACCGCUAUCAUUAUGAACAAUCCGAGGAAGGCAGUUCGUUCCGUCGGCGAUGGAGAAGUCGUUGAGUUCGAUGUCGUCAUCGGUGAGAAGGGAAAUGAAGCUGCCAACGUAACUGGACCCGAAGGCAAACCAGUUCGCGGUAGUCCAUAUGCGGCCGAUAAACGGCGUAAGGUGCUUCGUCGCCGGAAUAAGCGCAGUAGUGAAGGUGAAGAUGGAACGGACGGUGGUGCUAAGAGCGGUGAAGAAGGUCAAGACCAGCAACAACAACGACCCCAACGACGAUUCAAUCGUGGACGCGGUCGUUUCAACGAAUUUGGUGGUGGUUUCAAUCGCCGCGCACGUCAAGAGAGUGGCAACGUUGGCGAAGGUGGUGACGGAGUCGUCGAAAGUAGUGGCGAGGAAAAUGUUCGCAACGGUGGACAGAAUCGCAAUGGCCCGAGACGAUACUUCCGUCGCAAUUUCCGUGGCGGUCGUGGAGGCGGUGGUGGCGGAGGUGGUGGUCCGAGACGUCCACGCAAUGAAGAUGGCGGCGAUGGUGGACCACAGGAGAAUGGCCAAGAUGGAGGUGGUCAGCAGAGAGGUCCGCCAAGACGUGGCAAUCCACGAUUCCGUCGUCCGAUGCGUAGGAAGCAAAAUGGCAGUGCUAAUGGUGUUGAGGAUGGUGGUCAGCCAUUACAAAAUACAACAACUGAGAGUUCCGCUUAAAUUGCAUAACAACUGCGGAACUUUUUAUUUUAUGGAACAAGAAACAUCAAUAACUAUACAUCUCUCCCCAUCCAUAUUUUUUUUGUGAAACAGCAAAGACGUUCGGCUUUUAUUCAAAACCUAAACGAACGGUAAAAUUUUUGUGUGUGUGAAACGGAACACAUUUUUAAGUUUUAAUAAUCAGCUUUUAAUGUCCUCAACACGUUUUUCGACCACCAACAAACAACCAAAAUUCUGAGUAAUUGAAAGCUUUUUUUAAGUUCAAAACAUUUUUUAGACAAAAAUUUUUUUUCUGUGUUUUAUUUAUGAUGUAACCCACGUAAUUAGUAAAUGGAAUACACUAAAAAAUUUUGUUUUUUUUUAUUUUUUUUUCUUUAAAUUAUUUUUUUUUUAGUUUUUUUUUAAAUAAAAAUUCUUUGUGCACUUGAACCAGUGGGUCUCUUUAAUAACCAAAAACAACAACAAUAAAAUCAUCCGAAUUGGAGUGCUCUGUUUUCUUUUAAUUUUUAUAAUUUUUGUUUCGGCACUCGUCCCACCCUCCUCAAAUCAAAACGAUCGUUUCUGAAUCAUAAAAUGAAAACAAUCAAUUGCGAGAAUUAGUAAUAACCCCACCCCCCGUAUAAUUAACACCUUUUGUGUACACACUUCCAAUGCUCAAAAUGUUGGACUUUUUCAUGAUGAUGAUGAUUGUAAACAAAAACAAAAAAUGAAUGAAAAAAAUAAACAAAAAAAUACAAAAAAAUGGAUAACAGAAACUAACUAACCAGGGAAAUUAAAUAUAAAAAUUUAUCGUCAAAUUGAAGGAAAUAAAAAUCAGAAUGAAAACUAAACAAUAAUUAAUAAAAAAAAUAUUUUUAAUAGCGCAUUUUGUAUUUUAUAUUAAAAUGAAAAUUAUUAAUUUUUCUGUUGGAUUUUUUCUUUUUUGUAAAACACAAAAAACAGUAAAAAAAAAAUACAAAAAAAAUUGUAGAAUUUUGAAUCUCUGCUGAAUGUUAUUUACAUAUUUUAUAUACGAAAAAUAAUAAAAAGCAAAGAAACAUUUUUUAUAACGAAAUAAAAAAAAGAAAAAACAAAACAAGAAAAGUGAAAACAUAAUUUUAUUUUAGUUUGUCUUUUUUAAUCAUGUAAACAGAAAUAAAAAGCAUUUUGAGACUUGGAC